AAGUCGAACGAGAGGGAAAGUAAGUAUCUACGACGACGUUACCCAACGUUGAAAUUCGGAAAGUUCGUUCAUUUUCGUCGGUUUGUCUCUAUCAUCGCGUACUUUCUGUCACUUUGAAAAUAUGUUUCAAUAAGAAUAUGAUGGUAUCGUGAAGUUCAUAUUUAAUCGUUCUUUUUUGUUUAUACGUACAAGUAUAUAUAAAUAUAGUUUGUUCAAUAUAAUUUGAAUAGAAGAGAUUUUCAAAUAUCAACAUUGAAUGUUUAAAGGAACUUUUUUCUGAAUUUUCGAACUGUAGAGUCAUCACGAGGAGACAGCAAUUCUCUAUUAAAUUUCCCUGAAAGGUUUUAAUUACACACCUACAGCAUCAUGAAUCAGAAUCAUUCUUCUAGACCCCUUCACUUUUUCCAUUCUCCGAACUAUCCACGAGAUAUUCCAAGACAGGAAGAUCCAAAUGCAGAACUUCUUAGGUUGACCAGUAUAUGGUGGCCAUUUAACAGAUCCAGCUAUUCUAACACAAGUCCACCAGGCACUAGUGCAUCAUCACCAAAUAGUAUACACUCCCCACCGCGUCACAGUGCAUCCCCAGAAGAUCAAAUGGAUUCAAUGAUUAACACUUUAAUACAAGUUUGCACCAAUAGUUUGAGCGCCUCGACUUCCCGCAAUAUUCUAUUCCCACAAGCUAGAGUUAGAUGCAGGGAUUGUACUGACAUACUUUGCGAUGCGUGCUCUAGGCGUGUGCGUUUGAGUCCUUUGGACGGAGAAAACGGGAUCGAAUAUAGCCAGGGGCAAGAUGUACCGCAAGCACUAAACCCUGCAAUAGUUAAUCCAAAUUUGCAACCUUUACAAAAGCCAUUUUACUGUGAUAUUCAUCGCAAUGGACGAAAAUUAUUUUGUCAGACUUGUUGCACACCUGUUUGUACUGAAUGUGAAUUGCAACUUCAUCAAUAUCAUGUUACAGUUGAGUUUAACGAGGCCAUUGAAAAAGUUUGCGUUCAAGCGAGUCAAGUACUGAAAGAAGCUAGGCUUGGAAUUUCGACCCUCAGGGACGAAUUAGAUAAUGUGCAAGUAGCCGCAGAGAUGUUAGAACAGAAAGCAAGACAAGCAGCUGCAGAUUUGUCGAUGUGCGUGAAAAGAAUAAUUGUAGCUUUGGAGGCGAGAGAAAGAGAGCUGUUAGAUAAAAUCGAGAAAGCCAGAAUUCAAAAAUAUGCUGCGCUACAACAAAGAGACGAUGGGAUCAGAAGUGGAAUAACCCGACUGACUCGUGCUGCUGAUACACUUAGUGAAGUUAUAGAGAGCGGGACUUAUAUCAACAAUCCAAUGCGUCUAACGAUUAUCAAGGAUAUGGCUUCGGCUGAGAUUUUCCAAAUCCGUCAAAACUAUCGAUCUCUUCCAUCUCACGAAGAAAACUGGAUCUCUUUCAAUAGUUCGGAGACACAUAUAAUGAACGCUAUAGCGAAUUUUGGAAACAUUAUAGUGAAUAAUCCGGGAUCAAUAGGCGAUCGACGAGCCCUGAGAGACCGCGAAGAUUCACCUCGUAUACUUCUUGAACAUAGAUCCGUUUCUGUAGAAAUUUCACCAGUUCGAGGAAUAGCAGUUGCUUUAAGCAUAGUUCCGGUCAUUGUUAAAAUAAAUCGCAACCCUGAUGUUCCAAUGAAACCUAUAAAAAUAAUUGGAAACACCGGUAAUAUUGAUGAUAAUUUGUGCCGUCCAUGGGGCGUAGCAUGCGAUAGAGAAGGACAUAUGAUCGUGGCAGAUCGAUCAAACAAUCGUAUUCAGAUAUAUAGACAAGAAGAUGGUUCCUUUGUACGAAGAUUUGGUUCAUAUGGUACCGGACCAGGACAAUUUGAUCGUCCGGCUGGCGUAGCUGUCGAUGCACGUCGCCGUAUAAUUGUAGCUGACAAAGAUAAUCAUCGUAUACAGAUUUUGACGAUGGAAGGCCAAUUUCUUCUAUGUUUCGGCGAAAAAGGUAGCCGCUGUGGUCAAUUCAAUUAUCCAUGGGAUGUGGCUGUGAACACCGAAUGCCAGAUAGUCGUGUCCGAUACUAGAAAUCGUCGCAUCCAAUUAUUCAGUGCUGAGGGCAUUUUCCUACGAAAAUACGGCUACGAGUCCUCGCCGAAUAUGUGGAAAUAUUUUGAUUCACCGCGUGGCGUUGCUUUUAAUCCCGAAGGCCAAAUUGUUACCACCGAUUUCAAUAAUCAUAGAGUAGUGAUCAUCGAUGCUGAUUGCACAAAAGCGAAAAUUUUAGAGUGCAAGAACACUGGUGGCAACAAACAGUUCCUGAGACCACAAGGUCUGGUGAUUGACGACGAAGGAAACAUUAUCGUAGCUGAUUCUAGAAACCAUCGAGUGCAGAUAUUCGACUCAUCUGGUACGUUCAUAAGGCGAUUCGGCAGCUACGGCAAGGGCGAUGAUGAAAUGGACAGACCAUCAGGGAUAUCUUUAUGCCCCGACGGGAGAAUCGCUGUCGUAGAUUUUGGUAACAAUCGUCUUCUUCUUAUUUAAGCGAUCAAUCGUUCUAAGAAUGGGCGGGGUGGUGGUGAUGGUGGUGGUAAGGGGUCGGUAGUAAUAGUAAGAUUUUAUAUAUGGGGGAUAAAGAAAAAAAAAAUUACGCGACAAUUGCGAACACAACUUAUUCUCGAUUUUAGAAAUAAGCGUGUAACGCUUUAGUCGGACAAAGCAUUAGAGUCAUAUUUUCUUACUGGUUACAUAUUUUAUGAAAAUCCGUAUAGAUUCCUUUCGAAACUUCGGAUUGUCUAUGUGCCAAAUACACAAGUACAAAAAAAAAAAAUAUAAAAAUGAAAUAGGUUUCAGAACUUUUAGUUCUGAAAUCAUUUCGCUAUAGAUGUUCUCAUCUGCGGCGAAUAAAGACAACGUGGAAAUAACGUUUCUCUAUAGAUGUUCCGUUUGGAGAGGAAUAUUAUUUUUACGUUAUUUUUACGUACUUACCGUUGUCUGCGAAUUCAUGGAUAGUAACAGAGAACGGAAAAUAUCCCAGUAGCAUAUGAACGCUUAUAGCAAUAAUUUUUUUGCAAUAAGAGAUAUUAAAAAUAAUAAAUUUUUAUAAAUCAAAUUUUUUCAUGUUGUAAAAAAUGCUGGUCAUUGGAAUUUGGAUUUUUCUUAAUUUAUAAACAGUCAAGUUUUAUAAUAUAUUUUUUUCCGUACAUGAAUUCUAAUAGAAUUGUCCAUCCACUCUUUCGGUGGAGAUAUUUAUUGUCAAAUUGGAUCGGAAGUUUGAGAGUAACACGAUA